UGUUACUAUGGAGCUGCCGUUCACCCUCCAGUGGGCAGCACGCAGUGACUGUGUCCUUGAGAAGUGAUUCCCCCCACCCCCCGCCGUGUCCUGGCAGCCUGAGUGGAGAGAGGGCAGGGGGCUGUUCCCACCGCAGCCUCGGUCUCUCUGUGUCCUUCUGCGGAAAUGACACACACGGAGUCCCGUCACGUCACGCGAGAGCGCACGGACACGCAGCACACAAAGACACGCAGGGGGGAGGCAGUGGGGAAAGAACCCGACAAAAAGCUGAGGCGAGCCCCUCUCAGACUGCGCCUGCACCACACACAAGCGCGCGGCAGAUCCACAGCAAACACGUCUCUAUGUGAGGAAAAGUAAAAAGGAAAAUGAAUUCAGUUGAAUUCCGAGACGAAGAUGAUGAUACUGAAGUCAAAGUUGUAAAAGUGGAAUCAUCAGGUGAAGAAGAUCGACUGGUUUAUUCCCGGUCUGUUUCUGUACGGAGGCUGAUUCCAGAGACUACCCUUAACUGUCAGUCCAGUAAACGGAAACAAGUUCAUAACACAUCUGAAAGUUCAAGCAAUGAUGCUGAAAUUCUUACAAUUUUGAAGAAAAAACGACUCGUCCAAGAGAGUCUUCUGUCAUGCAUCAGAAAUAGAGAGUCUGAACUUUCAGACCUGGAGUUAAGAAAUAAUUCUGAGCGCAGUAAUGCUUCUUCAGAUGGAGAUGAAAUGUUCAACGAAUUUUCAUCAUCUCACAAGAAACCUUUAUAUGGGAUUUCACAUAAAAUAACAGAGAAAAGAAACCCUAUUACAUCAGAUCUCAUGUCCUCUAAUGACCAUUAUGAAAGAGGAAAUCAGGUCAGCACUUCGAAUAUCCGUGUAUUUACUGACUUGCAGAAACGAGAUUCUAGUAGCAACGGUAUGGGUUCUCAAAUGAGUGAUGACUCAAACAUAUAUUCUUUAAUACAAAAAAUGUUUUUCACACUCAACACUCUUAAUUCCAAUAUGACACAACUACACAGUAAAGUUGACCUUCUGUCUUUGGAGGUCAAUCGAAUAAAGAAAAAAGUGAGCCCCCAUGAAAUGGUGGCAGAAUUUCAUCCACCACCUGAGUAUCAACUAACUAAUACUGAGCUAAAGCAGGUGAUGGACCAAAGUUCCUCGGCAGGUGAUCUGGCAUGUCGGUUAUUAGUUCAACUGUUUCCAGAGCUUUUUGGAAGUAAUGCAUUGCUUAGAAGCUGCAGCACUUGUGGAUUCUUUAGUAAAAACAAACUUGAGUCCCUUCAUCUUCAGCUCAUAAGAAACUAUGUUGAAGCAUGCUAUCCAUCUGUCAAGAACAAUACUGUAUGGCAAGUUGAUGUCUUGCCUCAGAUCAAUGACUUCUUUAACAGAUUUUGGGCUGAAAGAGAAAUGGAGAGUAGCCACCAUGGAAUACAAGCCACCACUUUUUAUGAAAGUUCACCAAGUCAAAAUGCUGACUUUGUUGAAAAUAAGGAGCAGGAGGAAAAUGGAAGUUUGGAGAGGGUCAAUCCUCUUGUCUCAGAGUAUGUUCUCAAUUCACAGGACCUAAGUGAAUAUUUAGAAGAGGCCUCAUCUCCAGGUGAAUUUGCUGUGUUUUUGUUUCAUCGAUUAUUUCCUGAAAUAUUUAACCAAAGAAAAUUUGGAGAGAGGUAUUUUGGAGAUCUGGAAGGUUUUACUCUGGACCCACAUCGGUUGCAAUUGAUUCGCCAAUAUACUGAAAUAUAUUUUCCAGAAGUACAAGAAGAAGAAGUUUGGAUACAGCAGUGUAUACACAGAAUAAAUGAUGAGCUAGAAAGCAUGUUUAUGGACGGUAGUGAAUGUGAUGAUGCUAGGGAUGACAGCUUUGAGUCAAACUUGCCUGAUGAUUUGUCUGUUGUAAAGGUAGAAGAUGGUGCAGAAACUGAAAAGCUAGGAAGGAGAUCUAAAAAAAUAUGGCUUGUUCCGUUUGACUUUGAUAAAGUUGACAUUCCCCCACCAGACUUUGAGGUUCCUUUUCCACAAUUCCUGCUUAGCAAAGAGCAAAUUAGAAGUAUAUAUGAGACUAGUUUGUCAAUCGGUAAUUUCGCGUCACGACUUUUGGUUCAUUUGUUUCCUGAGCUAUUCACACAUGAGAACUUGAGAAAACAAUAUAACUGCAGCGGAUCACUAGGAAAGAAACAGCUUGAUCCUGUUCGUGUAAAACUUAUUCGACAUUAUGUUCAAUUACUUUAUCCCAGGGCAAAGAAUGACAGAGUUUGGACUCUGGAAUUUGUAGGAAAGCUGGAUGAGAGGUGUCGCCGAAGGGAUACUGAACAAAGGAGAUCUUACCAGCAGCAACGGAAGGUCUACGUUCCAAUGCCUGAGAGGCAAGACUUUGCAUCCUUUGAUUUGAAUACGGAUAGAUAUAGAGAUCUGAUUGAUGGACCACCACUUCCUCCUGAACGUAGUACAAAGGACUUCUGCAAAAUACCACUAGAUAAGAUUGCAGUUCCUCCACCAGACUUUCCUGUGCCUUCAGUGUAUCUUUUAAGUGACAAGGAAAUUAGGGACAUUGUUCAGCAGAGUCUUUCUGUUGGAAAUUUUGCCGCCAGACUGUUGGUUAGACUUUUUCCAGAGUUAUUUACGCCAGAAAAUUUAAGACUUCAGUACAACCACUCAGGUGCAUGCAAUAAGAAACAACUCGAUCCUGUAAGGCUGAGGCUAAUUCGGCAUUAUGUCGAGGCAGUGUACCCUGUGGACAAGAUGGAGGAAGUAUGGCAUUACGAAUGCAUUCCUAGUAUUGAUGAAAGGUGCAGACGCCCAAACAGAAAAAAAUGUGAUAUACUAAAAAAAGCUACAAAAAAUCAAAUCAACACCUGCUGAUAAAAACCAUUAGUAAAAUAUUUGAAUUGUCUUUGUAGAAAUUUUAGAGUGCUGCUUUAACGUGUUUGUCUUCUGAAUAUUACAGGUAUAGGACAAUGCUUUUAGUACUUUUCCAGAAUGUGAGACUGACUGCAUAUUUGCACUCCAUUUUUAAAAUUAAGGGUUUUUGUUUUGUUUUUACUUAUGUCUAUUGUAUUUUUUUUUAACUGUUGAUUUCCUGGGUUUUGUUAUAUUUUGUAAUUUUUUUGUUUUCUAUAUUUUAUUUUUAAUGGUAUAAUAUUUCAGCAGCUUGUAUUACUUCUUUAGCCCCUAGGGCAGCGGUGGCGAACCUAUGGCACAGGUGCCAGAGGCGGCACUCAGAGCCCUCUUUGUCGGCACCCGUGCCCGGGAAAAAGUCUAUAGUGUACCAAUAUGCCUUAGACUUUUCCUGUCAUUCAUCAGCUCAGGGCACACUAUGCACGGCGCAGGCAGCGCAUUGAAUGUAGGCACGCUAUUAUAGCUAAAUGAUAAAGUACAUGGAAGAUAUACUAUAUUGGACUGUAAUAUUCAGGUUAAAUUGCCAUCUUGGCACUUUGCGAUAAAUAAGUGGGUUUUGGGUUGUAGUUUGGGCACUCGGUCUCUAAAAGGUUCGCCAUCACUGUCCUAGGGUAUUGGUUUGUUGACUGGUAUUUUUACUGAUGAGCAAAGAUUUAUUACAAACAUGAAAACAUCAUAUAAACUUUGUUUUACUGUCUUGGUUUUCCACAGAACAGUGUUUAAGCCUAGGUUGUAAUAGUUUCACUAUUUUUCUGAUUAUUUGUGCUAGAAAUACUAUAUUUUAUUAAAAAAUUAAAAUGUUGUUGAGCUUCAAAGGGUUGAAUUGGGCUCCAAAAAUAGGGUCAUAUAUAUUUUGAAUACAUAACAAAACAGUAUCUUCUCAGAUCUGCAGAUUUAGAUUUUUUUGAUGUCUACAGCAUUAGAUUUUUGUUUUUCUGUAAUAUUCAUUAUGUAAAUGAUGCUUAAUGUGGUGUAAAGAGUGGAUACUAGUAGAUAACACUAAGUACAUGUUUACACAAGCGUACUUUAGCUCUACAUUGCCUUACAUAUUUUAUUUUUCAACAAAAAUCAGGAA